GAGAUGUGCGGGUUGCAAAAAGGAACUUGCUGCACAUGAAUGCCAAACCCUCUGCACUGCAAUAAUUUUUUAAAAAAAUCUAAUCUCAGUUGCUAAAGAAGGAGGGGAAUAACAUAAAAACGGGGAAGAGGGCAAAGUCCUUUUAGUUUUCCCCUUGGAGGAUAAAACUUUUGAUCUCUGAAACAUUGUUAAUCCCUUCUUGGAGUUGCUGGUACAAAAAUCUUACCUCAAAAAGCGCUCUGUGUUAGUAUUUAGCACUGUGUGCCAAGGACGCACUUUGAAACAAACACUUGGGAGGAUGGGAAUCUUUCUAUUGGGUGAUAUUUAGUGCAGAAAACCCUGAAAGCCUAUUGAAGUGCUAUGAUAUGUUACACACUGGCUGCUCAGUGUUUCUCUGGAAGGAAGAGGAUGUAGUCUAUACAUGAAGAUCCUAAGAUUUGCAAGUAUGAAAAAAGUUGCCAUUUCAAUCUUUGAAAAGAUGCAAGCGCAAGAGAUUCUCAGGAACCUGCGGCUUCCAGAGUUUGAAGACUUCAGUCAGUUUUUCCGAAGUUUGCCGGCUGCUACCUUGGUUGGCAUUGGUGCCUUUGCAGCUGUUGUUGCUUACUGGUUGGCCAGCCGGCCGAAAGCAGUGAAACCACCAUGUGACCUCCUGAUGCAAUCAGAAGAAGUUGAGGGCUGGGAUGGGGCACGGAGAUCUGUAAUAGGCGACAGCUCCCAACUGCUAACCCACUACUAUGAUGAUGCAAGGACCAUGUAUGAGGUUUUUAGAAGGGGUUUUAAUAUCUCUGAAAAUGGCCCCUGCUUAGGAUUCAGGAAACCAAAACAGCCUUACCAGUGGUUGACCUAUAAAGAGGUUGCCGAAAGAGCAGAAGCAUUGGGAUCAGGUUUACUCCAAAAGGGGUGCAAACCAUCAGCAAGUCAGUUUAUUGGGGUUUUUGCACAAAACCGGCCAGAGUGGAUCAUUUCUGAGCUGGCUUGCUAUACCUAUUCCAUGGUUGUGGUUCCCCUGUAUGAUACGUUAGGCCCUGGAGCCAUUCGUUAUAUUAUCAACACAGCUGAUAUUUCUAUAGUAGUUUGUGAUAAGCCAGAAAAAGCCAGAGUCCUCUUAGAAAAUGUAGAGAAAAAACAAACUCCGGGCUUGAAAUUCAUUAUUUUGAUGGACCCUUUUGAGAAGGAUCUUAAAGAAAGAGGGCAAAAGUGUGGAGUUCAAAUACAGGCUAUGCAGGAAGUAGAGGACUGUGGUCGAGAAAGUUGGCGUGCCCCUGUACCUCCUCGACCAGAAGAUCUAUCAAUAGUCUGUUUUACUAGUGGCACUACAGGUAACCCUAAAGGUGCUAUGCUGACUCAUGGGAAUGUGGUUGCUGAUUUUUCAGGUUUUUUGAAAGUGACAGAGAGUCAGUGGUCUCCUACAUUUGAGGAUGCACACAUUUCCUAUUUGCCUUUAGCACACAUGUUUGAGAGAAUGGUACAGUCUGUAGUGUAUUGCCAUGGCGGGCGAAUUGGGUUCUUCCAAGGGGACAUUCGCCUACUGUCUGAUGAUAUGAAAGCACUGCGUCCCACCAUAUUUCCUGUUGUGCCAAGACUGCUGAACAGGAUGUAUGACAAGAUCUUCAGUCAAGCAGACACCCCACUGAAACGCUGGCUUCUGGAAUUUGCUGCAGAGCGUAAAAAGGCAGAAGUUCAAAGUGGAAUAAUCAGAAAUGACAGCCUGUGGGAUAGACUAUUCUUUAAUAAAAUACAGGCAAGCCUGGGUGGCUGUGUUAGGAUGAUUGUAACAGGAGCCGCUCCUGCUUCUCCCACUGUUCUGGGCUUCCUUCGAGCAGCCCUGGGAUGUCAGGUCUAUGAAGGCUAUGGUCAGACAGAAUGCACAGCUGGCUGUACCUUCACUACUCCAGGGGACUGGACAUCAGGUCAUGUUGGAGCACCUUUGCCCUGUAAUUUAAUCAAGCUGGUGGAUGUUGAAGAACUAAAUUACUUUUCUUCUAAAGGAGAAGGAGAGAUUUGUGUGAAAGGUCCAAAUGUUUUCAAGGGCUACCUGAAAGAUAGAGACAAAACCACAGAAGCUUUAGACAAGGACGGAUGGCUUCAUACUGGGGAUGUCGGGAAGUGGUUGCACAAUGGUACACUUAAAAUAAUUGAUCGAAAAAAGCAUAUAUUUAAACUGGCUCAGGGAGAAUACAUUGCACCAGAGAAAAUUGAGAAUAUCUACAUUCGCAGCGAGCCUGUCGCCCAGAUAUAUGUGCAUGGAGAUAGUUUACAGGCCUUCCUGGUGGGGAUUGUUGUACCUGAUGCUGAAAUCUUGCCAGCCUGGGCCAAGAAAAGAGGCUUUGAUGGAACUUUUGCAGAGCUCUGUAAAAAUGCGGAGCUCAAAAAAGCAAUAAUGGAAGAUAUGGUGCAGUUAGGGAAAGAGAGUGGACUUCAUUCGUUUGAACAGGUUAAAGCUGUUUACAUCUACCCCGAAAUGUUCUCUGUACAAAAUGGUUUGUUGACACCUACGUUAAAGGCUAGGAGACCAGAGCUGAGAGAAUUUUUCAAGAAACAGAUAGAAGAGCUUUAUUCAAGCAUCUCCAUCUGACACCAGGGGAAAGUUCUUCAGAAUAAUGGACUCUGUAGCAACAUUAGGAUAAUACUGAAACGUGAAAAGGGCGCAGUUGAAACGAAUAAGCAUCUGACCUUCCACGCGAGCCUUCUGUUGUCGGAAGACACCAUCACUGAGUAAUUCUUUUACCAUCUAGUUCUAGUUCCUCUUGUUGUAAUGGAUGCUCUUGAAGAUUGCUUAAAAACAUACUGGACAACCGUUAAAGCUACUUUCAAUCCCACUCCUUCUGAAAGCAUUUUACAGACACCUUUGUUAUUAAUACCUGCAAAAACAUAAACAAAGAUCCCUUAGCAAACAGGAAAGAAAAGCAGACUGGACCUGCCCAUUUUGUAUGACACUCCUCUAAGCUCCUGGAUGAUUCAAUAAUGUGAUAGGGUUUCCAGAUGUCUCUCUGUAUGGGUACCAUUAAGAACUCUUUAGAAGCAAGCAGUUCCCAGGUUGCACAUCAUGCACACACCUUCCUUAGCAUGGUACGGCACCUUCCUUCGUGUGGUGUAGCUUCACCCUUGGCUGCUACUGCGUGCAUAUGUGGCCAAGAACUCCUCACUGCAACUGAGCUCUUAAAAGUACCAGGGUCCCACUCAGCGAGAUAUCUGACAAAGACUAGUGGUCUACCUCAAUGUUCUUGGAUGCUCAAAGCCAGAAAUAAAUCUGUUACCCUGAUGUAGAACUUAAAACUGGAAUUGUUUAAUCGUUCUUUAAGUGGUAGCACAUGCUUUCCCUGCAAGACAUAAAUUGAAUUCACCUUGUGUGAGCCAUUCACAAAAAGAACAGAUGGGAGGAAGAGUUUGGAUUUCAUAUGUAUCGAAGUAGGAAGAGCUUUGGAUUUCAUGCCUACUUAAUACAGUGUAGUGGCACGUGCUGGGUGAAUGCUAACCUGUAAUUGCCAGAAAUGUCAGAAAUGUUACAGGCCCUGGAAUUUUUUGUAUUUCUUGUGUCUUGGAUGUCUCUGAAAUUAGCAAGGGAUCUCUGUGGCUGCUCCUUUUAAAGAACUGACUGCUUUGUGUUGUGGCAGCUACCUGACAGCAACUUGCAAAACAGAAGGAUAGUUGGUAUAAACAUGCUGCAUAAUUUUGCAGCUUCCACUCCCCACCACCCCAGUGGAUUCCAAAUAGAAUAGGGUUUUGAGUCAGAGCUUUCCCUUUGCAGCACUUUAUAGCGGUGCACUUCAGGAGAACUGAGCUGGCUUCAAAUAAUUUAAAGAGGAUGCAGAGUCUUAACAGCUGUUUGGCCACAUCAUCUGACUUUAAAGCAGCUUCUCCCAGCUUCUUCUUCCACCAGGCUUGCAUCUACUCCAAGUCCCCACCUCUUAUUCUCAUGCAUUCUGAUAGCAGGCACUUCUGAGCAAAUAGCAGUAAAGGCUUCACUCCCUUGACAAUGGCCUUGAGAGGGAUUCACUUGACUGAAUAAUAAAAAUAAAUGUAGAAAAAGAGCCUGUUCCCAUAUUUUUUUAGGCCAACACCGUAGAAAUUUGCCUAAAUAAAUAUUCCAUGUUUCAGUGGAGAAACUAACGCUUGCUCUGGAGAACCUGCACAAGCCUUCUUAUGAUGCCCAGGAAUUGCAAGUACUGUAGAUCAGGGAUGGGAAACCUGUGGGCAAGCCAAGUGGUGCUGGACACCCAAGGGCCCAUCUGCCAGCACAUCCAGUAGUCAGAGCUGAUAGGACCUGCUGAAGUUCCCUCUCUUUUAUGCAACUACUAAAGGUGCAGGGGCCAUGUCCCCUUCUGCAUCUGACUACCUUAAAUAUAGUUUUCUGCUCUGAAGUAGUCAUUUGAUUCAAGGGUUGGGAACCUGCAGCUGAGCUAAAACUCCAUUCACACCUGACAGUUGACCAUGCUGGGUGAGGCUGAUGGGACUCAGGAGUUCAACACCAUCUGGAGGGCCACAGGUUCCCUAGCCCUGGCAUAGUUAGUACUAGUACUUGCAUACAGGAGGACACAAGAAGAUCUCUGCUGGAUCAAACCUAAACCCAGUCUACUCCACCAUUCUGUUUCUACAGUGGCCUGCCAGGUGUUCAUGGGAAUCCUGCAACAUGAGGGUAGCAGCACCAUUCCUACUUGUAUUCCUGACACUGGCAGUAGAUCAUAGCUAUCAAUACUAGUAGCCAUUGAUAGCUUUACCCUCCAUGAAUUUGUUUCUCUUUUAAAGCCAUCCAAGCUGGUGGCCAUCAAUAUCUUGCGGUAGUGAAUUCCACAAUUUAACUAUGCACAAAAGUAGUAUUUCCUGAAACUUCCAACAUUCAACUUCAUUGAAGAAAAGCUUUUCUAUAUAUACUUUCUGCACAUCAUGCAUAAUUUCAUACACCUCUGUUAUGGAUGCGUGUUUGCCUUUUCCCCAAACGAGAAAGCCCUAAAUAUUGGGCUCUUUCCUUAUAAAGGAGUGUAUUGUUUUGGUUGCCCUUCCUGCACAACUAUUCCUCAGUGGUGGCAGUGGCAGGGUUAGGUGAAUGUCUGAGUUCAAAUGCCAUAGCUAUAUGAACACAGCUAUAGAACCGAAUCCAGUGCUAACAGGUUGUACGGCUUUCUUGAAACUGUCUCCCCAGACGUAGUUCAGAUUUUCUAAAGUUCUCAACACACAGCACCUUGCAUGGAGAAAGAAGCUUGUGACCAUAUUAAUACAGGAGCUGCUUCUGAUGUAAAUCAGCAUGAGUGGAAAAGCUGAAAGGUGGUGAAUAGGAUGGCAAGGUUCAAAAGAAGGCUUUCUGUAUACAAGAGGGAAUUUUAGCAUCUGCAGUCUGCAUGAAUUUCCCCAUAUAUAUCACUAUUCAAGGAGCAGCAACUUAUCUUUUUUGCACCUGGAGCUCCCUAAUGAGCCACAAUGCUCACAUAUAUUGAUAUAAGGAAAGAUCAGCUUAGAUGUUACUUUUUCCAUGAGGAAACCUGGGAGGUUUUAGGACAUCUGAACUAUCCAUGAGACAUCAAGAAGUCUUGGGCUUGUUUGAGCUGAAGUAGACCUACUAUCUCCAUAUCAUCUUACCAAUAACUAUGGUGUUAAAUGAUUUAUCCACAUGGAGCUGCUAAAUCAGUCAAGUUGAAGGGUGACCAAAGUGAACUUAAGAUUGCAAGAUUUUUUUUUAGAAAUUAGAGAGACAGUGAAUUAAUGAGCAAGUGUUUAUGCUGAGCCUGGUUAAUUAAUGUCUGUUCUGAACAAACUGUUAAGAUUUCAAAAGUGACUGCACUUUUGAAGUAGUACUUCCAGUACAAAAAGUACUUCUUUUGUAGUUUUCAAAUGCCUGUUCUGAUUUCUUGAUAGCCCAGCUACAAAGGUUUCACUUCAUGCUUAAACUUAUCUGAUUAUCCAGGUUCUAUCAGUGCAAAAGCAGAAUUAAAGCCAGUAAUUUAGGCUUCACUGUCUGGGCAUAAGUGUCACUGAACUCAAUGGGACUAACUUCUAGUAGCUAUGUAUAGACUGCACUGUUAGAUCCACACUUGAAUACUAGGCUGCAAUUUUACAGCAGAUAAUGAAGGUACACAAGUUUGUUGUGUGUGUUCUUUUCAUUUAGGUUAAGGCAUUGCUUGGGAAUGAUUUUCUAAAUGCUUACUUCCCUGAGCUAUAAACACUGGAGAAAACUGGCCCACAGAUUAAAAGCAGGUCUAUAUGAAAUUGAGGAUUUGUAGUUGGCACUGGCUCUAAAAUUCUCUCAUGGCCCCAAUUUACAAUCUACAAAGGUUACUUAGAUAUUUAUUGAACUUUUACUUGAAGCAGUACAUAGGAACAUAUUGGGCAGGAUCCAGCCAAAGCCCCUUGGGUAUGAUCCAGCCACCAUUCUCUUUGAUUUCAGUUAGACAAGCAUUUUCUUAAAUCUUAGAUAUUUUCUAGUGAAACCAAGAGUUCUUAAAAUGGUUAACACUGGUUGGCUCUAGCAUAUUUUUCUUAAAGAAAAAAAUUCAAUUGUGCAUUUCCCUUUAUUGAGGAAUUGCAAUUCCUUAAACCGCUAUAAGGAAAAUCCCAGUAAUCACAAUUGCCCACUCUAGUGGCUGAGUUGUGAAUGUUGUUCAAUAUACACAAACCCACACAAGGUUUGCAGAAAAAGGAGCCAAGCUAGAGCUUGGCCCUAUAUGCUUGCUAAACAUUGCAGGAUGCAUUACACCACAGUUAGGCAAAUAGGACAAACACUAUGGCCUAGGGACAGAUUGCUAUCUGCCUGUCGUUUGCAAUGGAUAUCUGUCUCUGGAUUCAAAGACUACUAGGGAGUAGGCAUCCUUGAACUUUAGGUGCCCUUUAUAUGAUAUGACGGUAGCAUGAGAGCCACUUACUCCUGGCUUUAUGCCACAUUCAUGCUGCAACAUUUAAGAGCCUGGCAGCACUUGAGUUAAGCAUCAUACCGGUCCUUCCCCUUUUACCUCACUUUUACCUCAUCACCCUUUUACCUCACUUAUGAAACAAGUACAUUAGAAGAACCCAUUGCUGCUGUGCUGGUUGCCCACAUGGCCAUGUGCUUUUAAAAGUUAUAAAGGCAAAAUAUAAUGCCAUGACACUAAUGAAUGAAUGUGGUUCCUACAUUGUACCCAGAAUACAAGAAGGACACCUUACCGAGUAAACAUGCAUACCCUGAGCUGUCAGUACUUAAAGAAAGACAUAUAAAAGCAUAAAUCAGAAAAUGAACUAGGUUUAAAUAAAUUGUAAGUUUUCCUAUAUCAGCAAAUGUGCAUAUGCCAGUUUAGGAUAUGCACUAUUACACCAGUAUAAUCACGGGAUUACAAUGUUACCACACCAAAGGCUAUUGCUUGUGGUGUGGGAAUAUUAUUUCCUAUCAGAGUUUUUUUGUACUAGCACUAGUACCUGAUCCUAAAAAGAUAAUGUAAUAUAUGGGAGAUAGACAAAGUGCUGCCCUACAGGUAUUGAUGGAUUAUGAGCUCCAUCAUCUCUGAUCACUGGUUGUGCUUGCUGGUACUCAAGUGGAGGUGCAUCAAUGUCUGGAGGGCAACAGAUUGGCACAAUGACACCUGCUAUGAUGUUAUGCCAGCAGGAAAGAUCAACACCCCAGCCAGUUAAAAUCAGAGUUCAUGGCCAUCAUGACAUGCUAGUCAAAACAGAGUCAGCAACCUUUGGCCAGCCAAUCCUGGAUUUUGUAUAUACUCUGAAUCGGAUUGCAAACUACAGUGAAAAAUAAUAGGUCAAUUUAUCAUCAAAAGCACUAGAAUUAAACCAAAACAAGUUCAGAAUACAUAAUAAUGGGAUUUAUCUAUUCGUUAUACACCCAUUCUAUGAGCCCAUUAAACAGUUCUGCUGCUGACACUCUUGGAUGAUACUGAUGAUAUAGAUCUUGUUUCAGUCAAACACCAAGACGGCCUUGGCUGCUGAUUUAUGCUGAGAAAAGGGAUGGGGGAUUGUGACCCAAGAUCUCUUGGUGGAUUUUGCAACCAUCUGGUAUCCAGUAUCCAACUGGACAGUUUCUCUCCAUUGGAGGUUGGAUGCACUGUACUAUACUUCAGUGGUUCCACUCCUACUUUGAUGAUCAGUUCCAGAAGGUGGUAUUUGCAUUAUGGGGCCCUGUGGUAUUUACACAAUGGGGUCCCCAUGUUUCUAUCUUGUCUUCUAUUUUCCUAAAUACAUACAUGAGCUUAGCAACACCAUUCAGGGAUUUAAGAGUGAGGUGCUGCCAACAAACUGAUGUCAUAGAGCUCCACUUCCAGACGAAGCAAUGGAGGUGCUGAAUUGGUAUGGAUCAUUCAUGGCUCCAGACAAGAAAGAGGUGAAUGGUUUGUCAGAGCACAGAAGUGUUGUUGAACCAGUUCCCUCUUAAGGAAUCAGGUUCAUAGUUUGGAAGCAAUCGUCCAACACUAUCACUGGAAGUCUAAGUGUCACCUGUGGCAUACAGUGUUCCCAGCUAAGGAUGAUGUGCUAGUUGCAACUCCUCAACAGAGGUAGCACGGCCACAUUUAUGCCCUAGUAACCUCCAUAUACUUUAUACUACUACAGUGCAUUACAAAGGCUUCUGAAGAUUUCUCAAAAAUUUCAGCAAGUUCAAAAUUCAGUUGCCUCAGUACUUACUGGGAUUGGCCUUAUGGAACAUAUCACUUUUCUUAACUGCCUCUGCUUUGGACACAAUUCAAACUGCUGGUGGCCACCUUUAAACCCUUAGAUGGCCAAUGAUCCUGGGUCCAUAAAGGGUCACCUUUUCCCAUAAAAUGUUAUUUUAUGGGAAAAUAAAAAAAAUUCUGCCCAAAUUUUAUUACCACUAGAGAUCAUUUUAAGAGAUCCUCCCUGUGUCACUUAAGUUAGGUGUGAGCAGAGAGAGGGCUUUCUUUGUUGUGGCACUUCAUAAGUCAAAUGUCCUCCCCAGACUGCUGCUACCUGUUGAAUACCGUUUUUAUUAUUUUAAUACAUGUCCAGUGUAGAUUGCUUUAAGUGACAUUUUAUUGGUUCUACUGGUUAUUAAUAUGCACUAUUAUACUUCUGUUGAUUUGAUUUUCUGAUUUUUUAAAACUGAGUUUUAUUGUAUUAGGUAUUUUCUUCCAGCUCUUUUUACCUGAUGGCUAGUAUAUAAAUAUUUUUAAUUAAAAUAAAGAAUUUUGAGGGCAAGGGAACAAAAAUGGUGAUCCUCUCCAGUUAUCACUCUGCAAGGCAAGACCAUCCAAAGAUCAGGUGCUUAGGUGGACAAAAGAAGACUUCCUCAAGCUAGUGCCCUACAGAGGUUUUGGAUUACAAUCUCCAUCAACCCCAGCCAGCAUAGUCAGUGGUCAGGGAUAAGGGGAGCUCUAGUCUAAAAUGUCUGGAGGGUCCCAGGUUGGGGAAGCUUGAGCUAGCUCACCUCAGGUUCUGGUAGGAGGGAUGGGAAUAAUGGUCAUGCCCCAUGACCCUGAGCAGAUAAGAUGAAGCAAGCUGGUUCUACAUUCCUAGAACUUAACUAAGGAAAUGCACAGUAUUUAAAGAUGAGUUGUGUUCUUAGUUAUUAGAGGGAAUCUCUGUGUUAGCUGGUUCAUACAUGCAUGUUCAUCACUUGAUGACUUGUGGUUAUUGUGUGAACUGUGUCCACCAGAAAAGCAUGGCAUUUGAUACGAGGUGAAGUAAGACAAUAUGGAGGUUUUGUUCCUGGUCAAUGACAUCUAUUUUCCACACACGUCAUCUCUUCAUUUUGGAACCUCAUCAAAGUGAUAAACUUGCAUGUGUAAAUCUGCGAUGGGCUGAACCAGGGCCUAAGUAAAUUAUACAAGAAAAUUCAGUCAUUACUGCAGGUUUAAAAUCGUAUUACAUAGUUUUGUAUUAUGAAUACCUGUUGUUAAAGUCUUCCCCAUAAAAUAUCAAAGAGCCAAAAAGCAUAUACAAGUGAAAUAAAAAGCACUAUUAGGACCUAUUUAUUUGACAAAUCACCCUGCAGUCAAAUGAGGAUUUUCAGCGUAUCCUGCAUGAAAAGAAGCUGCAAUUCCUUUACAAACAUUUUUGCAGCACAUGACUGGUAAUGACAGUAAAAUCUUGUAUCUUGUCAAUAUCUUGGAUUUGAUUAUUAUCGCAUAUAUCAAAAAAGCAGCUUCUAUCUUUUAACAGGUUUCUUUUUUUGAAUGCAACAAAUUAACUUGAACAUUAUAAACUAUUGUUUUCCAUCUGUGAAAAGCACAAACUGGUGAUCUAUAUGUAAAUAAACUAUGACAUGAAUGUAAACUUUAAAAGUAAUAAUACUAUUUUUGCAUGAAAUCUGACAAAGAGAUGUACUGGUUCUCACAGAAAACUAUGGAAAUAUUUCAUCUAGGGAUUAUUAGUACAAUAGAUGGAACACUGUUUUCUUUUGAAGUAAACAAGCUUUUGCUAAAACAGAAUUUUUCUUGCUUUGUAGAAUUUACCAAAAUGAAAGCUGGAAGCUUGGAUGCUUUAGAACUAAUGCUACCCAAGCACUAGUGAGAUUCAAUCUGCAAUCUUAUAUAUGUUUGCCUGGGAGUAAGCCCUCCUGAAAAUAAGUGCAGCAGUUUUAUGUAGAAUUAGAAAUUUGGCCUGAUAAUGGCCCAAAUGAGGUCUGCACACAAUGAAUCAGGGUUAGAUAUGUUAGGAAAAAUCCCCCCUCCCGCCACUGAACUAGAAUGCCUACUCUUUCUGCUGCUACUGGGGAGUUUUUCCUGACUACUGUUUUCCCCAUAAGAGUUUCUAUGCCACAAAAGUAUUUAUGUUAAAUCUGUCUCUUUGUCCUUAAGAGUACACUGAUUGACAGGGACAAAGGAAUGAAUGUCUUAUGAAUUUGCCCAUCAAAGUCUCUCCCCCCCCCCCCCCAGCCCUUAAUACCGCUAUGGCAGGAGGUGUUGUAAGUUAAAUGAUUGAGCUCUAUUUUCAAACCAAAAUGAGGUCAAAUUGCCAACUGCAUUGUUCAUUUCAUCUCCUUUGGCUUGAAUGUGUAGCAGAAUGGGCUGGUGUUUUAACUCCAAAAAUGCCAGAGGAAAGAGGCAUUAUAGAGGCAUAUGUAGUAGGCAUGGUGGUAGGGUGGCCAGGUAAUGGUGACUGGUGGGGUUACACACUACUACAACGCUCAUUCCACUCUAGGCAAGGCACUACAGCCAUGAACUUUGAUCUUAAAAGGACUGCACUAACUGCAAUGAAA